AUGGAGUAUAACAGUAACGGUAAAGAUUUUUAUCCAAAUGAAGUAAAGAAUUCACAAAUAUGUAACAACAAACAGAAUAAUUCCAUAAAUAUGGGUGAAAUUUAUAUGAAUAAUCUUGGAAUCUUUAAUCAAAACACAAUGCUAUCAGGUGAGAAUAUACCAUCAAAUUUUAAGCCAACAUCUACAAAUCAAGUACAAGGACAGGUUUGGUCAGAAUAUAAUAAUUUCAAUGAACAAAGUUAUGCAUAUAAAGGCAGUAACAAUAUAAGAACCAAUGGUACUAAUAAUCAACAAAUAAACGAAAACAACAAACUUUUUAAUAACAAUUUGAAUGAACAAAAUGCAAGAAAAAUAUUGAGAGAAAAGGACAAAAAAAUACAGGAGUUACAAGAUGAACUGAAUAAGUAUAAGACUUCUAUUACGACGGGUUCAGGAAACAAAGUUAGAAACAAAAAAAAGCAAAAAGAAGAUAAUCAGAAUAACACUAAACAGUUAAAAUCAAAAAAUUAUAUAGAAAUAUUUAGAGCUCUGUCAUCGGCACUCAAUAAGAAAGAAAUAGAAUUAUCGAAAAGCAAAGGAGAUUUAAGGAAUAUUAUGACAGCAUUAGCAUUAGAUCCUCAAAAUAAUGUUGCAAAAUACAGUAAUAUUGACCUUGAGUCGAUAUCUCAAGGCAUAGUAACGCAAAUAGAACAAUUAGUAGGAGAGAAUCAAACAAUGUCGAAUUUAAUAUCUUAUGAGAAUUCAAAAAAAAUUGAUAUUGAACUAGAAUUAAUAAAGAAGGAAAAUAAAGCAUUACAAAAACAAAUUGAUAAACUUAAAACUAAUCAAAAAUAUUGA